AUGGCAUCGAAGCGCAAGGCAGCGGCCAUGGGCGCCACUGUCAGUGACGAGCCCGUCGACCCUUCCGACGAGCUCAUGUUCUUGGCUCUGGGCGGCGGCAAUGAAGUCGGUCGGUCUUGUCACAUCGUACAAUACAAGGGCAAAACUGUCAUGCUGGACGCUGGCCAACACCCAGCGUACGAUGGACUGGCAUCUCUUCCAUUCUUCGACGAGUUCGAUCUCAGCACGGUCGAUGUGCUCCUCAUUACCCACUUUCACAUAGACCAUGCCGCCUCCUUGCCAUAUGUCCUGGCAAAGACAAAUUUCAAGGGCAGAGUUUUCAUGACACACCCAACCAAGGCCAUUUACAAGUGGCUCAUUGCAGACAGUGUUCGUGUCGGCAAUACAUCUUCAAAUCCAACUUCACAGCCAGUUUACACCGAACAAGAUCACGAGGCCACCCUGCAUCGGAUAGAAGCUAUCGACUAUCACACUACUCACACCGUUUCGUCGAUACGCAUCACCCCCUAUCCUGCUGGUCAUGUCUUGGGUGCGGCCAUGUACCUCAUUGAAAUUGCCGGACUCAAGAUCUUCUUCACUGGAGAUUACUCCCGUGAGCAGGAUCGACAUCUUGUUUCAGCCGAGGUGCCCCGCGGGGUCAAGAUUGAUGUGCUGAUCACAGAGUCCACCUACGGAAUCGCCAGCCACGUUCCCAGACUAGAGCGAGAACAAGCCUUGAUGAAGUCCAUCACCGGUAUUCUGAAUAGAGGCGGCCGAGUGCUAAUGCCAGUGUUUGCCCUGGGUAGAGCUCAAGAGCUUCUACUGAUCUUGGACGAGUACUGGGGGAAGCACCCGGAGUUUCAGAAAAUCCCAAUUUACUACGCCAGCAAUCUUGCUCGAAAGUGCAUGGUUGUGUAUCAAACCUAUGUUGGAGCCAUGAAUGAUAACAUCAAGCGUCUCUUCCGAGAACGUAUGGCUGAGGCGGAAGCUGCUGGAGACGGCGCCGGUAAGGGAGGCCCGUGGGAUUUCAAGUACAUCCGUGCCCUCAAGAAUCUGGAUCGCUUUGAGGACCUGGGUGGAUGUGUCAUGUUGGCAAGUCCUGGUAUGCUCCAGAAUGGAGUCAGCAGAGAAUUGUUGGAAAGAUGGGCGCCCAGCGACAAGAACGGCGUCAUUAUCACUGGUUACAGCGUGGAGGGCACCAUGGCCAAGCAGAUCGUGACAGAGCCUGACCAGAUUCCGGCCGUCAUGUCCAGAAAUACCAAUGCCAUGCGAAGAGGUCUCGGAGGUGAAGGCGAAAGGGUCAUGAUUCCUCGACGUUGUAGCGUUGCCGAGUACUCGUUUGCUGCCCACGUCGAUGGCAACGAAAACAGGGAGUUUAUUGAGGAGGUCAAUGCUCCCGUAGUUAUCUUGGUCCAUGGCGAACAGCACAACAUGAUGCGAUUGAAGUCAAAACUCCUUUCGCUCAACAACGCCAAGCCAGAGGGAGAGAAGACCAAAGUCUUCAGUCCUCGCAAUUGCGAAGAAUUACGCAUCCCUUUCAAAACUGACAAAAUUGCCAAGGUUGUCGGCAAGCUUGCAUCUAUUCCUCCGCCCAGCAAGCCCAUGAGCUCUGAUGAUCCCGAGGCCCCGCUUGUCACUGGUGUCUUGGUGCAAAACGACUUCAAGAUGUCUGUCGUGGAUCCUGAAGACUUGCGCGAAUACGCCGGACUUACCACGUCCAUGAUAACCUGCAAGCAGCGCCUCACCCUCAAGGCAGCUGGUGCUGAAUUGAUCAAGUGGGCUUUGGAGGGAACAUUUGGCAGUAUCGAUGAGCUGCCCGAGACUAAGCAUCUUGGGAACGGUAAGGAGGAAAGCAACGGCGAUGAUUCAAAAACAGAGGUCGAUGAAGAAGUCACCCAAACGGUGGCCGUCUACCUUGUCAUGGGUUGCGUCACGGUCCGAGUCCGCAAUAACGGAGAGGUUGAGCUGGAAUGGGAGGGCAAUAUUCUCAACGACGGCAUAGCAGACGCUGUCAUUGCCGUCCUCCUCUCGGUUGAGAGCAGUCCGGCAGCAGUCAAGCAGUCUGCCAGCAAGCACUCACAUUCCCACACGCUGCCCACUCGCAACCUACAUUCGCACCUCUCACCCCAGGAGCGUCUUGAGCGUCUCUUCAUGUUUGUCGAGGCCCAAUUUGGCGCUGACGCUGUAGCCCCCAUUGCGAAGCCCAAGCUCCCACCGGUGAUCAAGGAUGCCAAGCCUGUAAAUGACGGAGCAUCAGAGGCAUCCAUGGAACUUUCCGAGGAUGGUGAAGAGGAGGAAAAGCUCCAGGAGCAGCGAGAGAAGGCUGAAAUUGAGCGUUUGCACAAAAUUGGAAUCCCUGUUCCAGGUAUCAGCAUCAAGGUUGACAAAAUGCUUGCUACGGUCUGGCUGGAAGACUUGGAAGUUGAGUGUGCCAAUAGGGUCUUUGCAGACCGUGUACGCGCUGUGGUUGAGAGAGCAGCAGAGGUCACGGCUCCGCUCUGGGGAUAG